AUGAACCCCACUGCUCCUACCGGAUUGUCUAUUAUGCGAAAGAGGGUCGUCCCCACUCGAAAGACAUACCGACCGCCUCCGUCGCUAGCAUUCGGACAGUGCCUUAAGCCCUUCUGUAAGGAAUGCCCACCGCCAGAUUUCCAAUUCUGUGCUGUUAUAGCCGAUAGCAGCGACUCUGCGUCUGAGAGCGGCAGUGAAGCUUCGUUCGAAGUCGAACCAGUCAAGUCGGGUCUCUUUGGUAUCCAACAACGCAAUUGGUCGGUGGCCGCCGUCAAAGACAAUCUGCUCAAGAUUUCUAAUUGGGCAUCACUACUUUGCGUUCUCGACUGCACCAUUCUCCCUCUUGUCACUAUUAUCCUUCCUCUCUUUGGUAUUGUCGCCGCAUCACCCGCACAAAUGGAAUGGCUGCACGAAUUGGGCCAUCAGAUGGCGCUUUAUUUCGUUAUGCCCGUUGGAGGUCUGGCCACGACCGUGAAUUAUACCAAUCAUCGGAAGUUCUGGAUUACCGCCAUCGGCUGGCUCGGUUUAGUGGCUGUCUUAUCAGCUAACGCUGGGUGUCACUUUACUCACGGUAUUCACGGGCCCGUCGGACACUUUCUGCACAAAUGGUUGCACGUCUUGCACCACGGGGUCAUUCACCGUGUAACAAACUUGGCCGGAUGUGCCAUGCUCAUUACAUCUAACUAUCUGUCUCACAAGGCCAAAGGUGGAUGUAAGGAACCAGGCUGCACCGUGAAGCACUAG